CUUCAAACAAUUUGGCAACGCCGAGAAGUACUCCAAUCUGUGCGAUAUACGUGUCAUAAACCUAUCAUCCACGGUGGAAAAAGUAUUUUUCGUGCCGGCAAACUUGAAAUAAAUGAAUUGAGUGAUAGAAUGAUCGGUUCUAAAUUAUUAUUGGUUUUUUUGCUUCUGGCAACGCUUACUUCCACAUCGUUUGGUACCAUAGGAGGUUAUCUAUGUCCUUACUACAGCAAAAAGUUUUUGGAGACAGCCGCAAAAGGCUUAAAGUCUGACACCAAUGACUUGUCCGUCAUAUACCACUCAGCAAACACCUACAAAUUAUUGAAAGAAUUAAUCCCAAAGGAUUUGCAGAGUACAAGUUGUAACCGUCUGAAGAAGCUUUAUAAAGCUGAAGCUAAUGUUGAUGAAAUAUUUUUCGGUCUUAGUGCAUUGGUUAUUUUACAGUGCAAUGAAAAAUUACAUAAUGAUGACCUUACAAAAAAUCUGCAUAAAGUGUUAGAGAAUGAGAAAUCCAGCCUGUCAGAAAUCAGGUACGCCGCCGAGAUUUUGUUUUUAUUUAACCAAAAAAUUCCAAAUCAAGCUAAAGUUGCCCAGCUAGUUCAAGCUCAGCUUAAAAUCGAUGACAGCCUCACAAACCUAGGACAGGCUUUGCAUAUAUCCUGGCUAUUGGGGAAUUCUGGCAAAUUUGUAAAUGAUAGAGUUGAAGAUAUCAUUGUUCAAGCAGAUGAGGUCGAUGGGAAACUGUUACAAUGGGAGGGAGGCUUAACCACCACCUCUUUGCUGUUGACUGGGUUGCACAAAUUGCCUGGAGUUAUCCCAUUGACACAAGAGCAAGCUGAUAAGUUUGCAAAUUACCUUUUGACAAGAAAAACAGUACAAACACCACGAGGUAUUUCUGCACUGCUCGAAGCUGCCAACGCUCUUGCAAACAGCAAAACAUCUCCUGUGUCAGUAUCUAUAUCAGGGCCGGCCCAAGUUAGUGUUGACAAGCCCGAUUUGAAAAUACAAGUCAGCAACUUAUUUGGGGUGGCAUUAAAACCCGCUCUUACACCUGUAGUGGCUCACUCUGCUACCAGAAUUACAGAUGAUGUUGUGGUAUUAGCCAAACAGGUCCUCACAGCAGGCAUUAAGGCUACAGAGUUUAUUUUACCCUUAAAGGUUGAGCCAGGACAUUACAAAAUUGUUAUAAAUGCGGGAGUACAUACUGCAACUGUAAAGGCCAGGGUUUUGGGGUCUGUAGAGGUAAAGAAUUUUGAAAUUGGUUUAUCAGACAGUGAUGGUAGCUUGGCGCCAAAAAUGGCGAAACUGAAUUACCCCAACAAGCUGGCCGCGAAGUUACAGGGUGAUGCUGGACAGCAGUUGCAGAUCAAAUUUGGACUCUCAAGACCUGUCCAUCAGGCAUUUGUGAGAUUAUCUUCACUCAAUAAAGAAGUGAUCUUUGUAGCCGAGCAAGACACCAGCAAGUUGUACAAGGUAGAAAUCAAUUUAGGACAAGAACUCUCAGGUUCUGGACUUUAUGAUAUUGAAUUUAUCAUAGGAGAUUCGAUUAUAUCUAAUCCUUUCCGCUGGAAUGUGGGUACUAUUGAAAUUAAUCUAGGUGCAGCUAGCCCCACGCCUCCCAAAGCUGUUAAAGGACCCAAGCCUGAAAUUGAACACAUGUUCCGACCAGCGGAGAAAAGGCCUGCAAAAACUGUUUCAUUACUUUUCACUGGCCUUACGGCAGCACCGUUGUUAGUUUUGCUUAUUUUGUGGAGCAAAAUCGGCACCAAUUUUGGCAACUUUACCAUCACAGCAGUUCCAUUCCACUUAGGUUUCGGUUCGAUUUUAGGGCUUUUCACCUUGUUCUGGUUAAAGCUGGACAUGUUUACUACCUGUGCCUGGUUAAUUCCAAUUGGUGGGUUUACCUUCUUCUCGGGCCACAAAUUAUUAAGUCAUAUGGCCAGGAAAAGAAAGCCAGAGAAGACUGAUAAAUAAAAAAUAUUAUUUCAAGAGGGUUUUGUGAUGGUAUAGGUUUGUUUUUAAUGAAAUAUUCAGUUAACAUGCGGCAGUAUAGAUUUAUUUAUAAUUUUUAUAAAAUUUUUCGUCAUACAACAGCUAUCAUCAUUUUCUCCGCCACAUUGUAAGAAAUAAAUUUGCCGUUUAUA